UACGCUACAAAUAUGGUGGAAAAAGCGAAGCAGCAGGCCGUGAUUGUCGUGGUGGUCAGGAGAAGCAAAGUUUAGUUGAAAAAAUCGGAAAAUUUAAUUACGGAUUGGAAAAUCCAGAUCUGAAAGUUCUCGUAAACGUUUAUCAAGUGUAUUGGCCUGCCGGAAGAACGGAACAUCUUGGACAACAAACGUGUUUUGGUGUGGCUUCGUCGGGAAUUAAGUUAUUUCUGGUGGCUAGCGGAGCAUGUUAUAUGAUUUUUUGCAAGUAGAAAAUCGACUUGCUGAAUUCAAUGGUGUAGUGCUGAAAACUAUUUACAAACUUGCGAAAAAAAAAGUGCUCUUUGGCGCAUCAACGAAUCAUCAUGAAAAGUAAGAAUAAACUAGUGAAUGCACCCGAUCCUUUGUGUUCGAGUAUCAAAUCGGCUACAAAUGGAAGUAAUCCGCUUCUAGGUGCUGGAGGAGAUUCCGUGGCCGCUCCCACGGGGCUGCAGCCCCACAAACCGCACAUCUCAUUGGACAAGUAUGACGAGUUCCAGUUCAAAGUGCCUGCGGAAGCGCCGGUGUUUGAACCAUCCGAGGAGGACUUCAAAAAUCCCCUCAUCUACAUCAACAAAAUAAGACCGAUAGCGGAAAAGUACGGAAUCUGCAAGAUCCGGCCCCCAGCGAGCUGGCAGCCUCCGUUCACCGUCGACGUUGAAAAGCUGACGUUUGUUCCACGAGUUCAGCGUCUCAACGAGUUGGAAGCCGAAACGCGUAUAAAGCUCAAUUUCUUGGACCAGAUCGCUAAAUUCUGGGAGCUGCAGGGUUCUUCCUUGAAAAUUCCAAUGGUUGAACGCAAACCUCUGGAUCUCUAUACAUUGCAUAAGGUAGUAAACGAAGAAGGAGGCAUCGAGGUCGUCACGAAGGAACGCAAAUGGUCACGAGUGGCCUGCCGCAUGGGUUACCAACAGGGCAAAAACGUUGGUACAAAUCUGAAGGCCCACUAUGAACGAAUCUUGUAUCCUUUCGAUAUUUACCGCUCUGGUAAAAUUAUUGAUUUGGCAAAUUUGGAAACCGAGCAAGAAGAUUGCGAAUAUACGCCCCACUCGAUUGAAGCUCGGCAGCAGGUCCAGCCACCGCCGGCAACAACUGCUAGGCGAUCUCAGCGCUUUGCCCAGAUGAACAAGUCAGCCAGUAUUGGAGCUGAAGGGGACGCAUCUCGCACCUCUCCCAGUAAAUAUCAACGAAUGAAGAACUUGUACGGUGCCGGCACGAACGGAUCUCCCACCAAGAACAAACCAGAUACACCUUACACGCCGAAUCCGCACGAUCCGAUGGCAAAGUACAUUUGUCACAUGUGCAAUCGCGGAGAUGUGGAAGAGUCGAUGUUGCUGUGCGAUGGAUGUGACGCUUCGUAUCAUACUUUUUGUCUGCUGCCACCACUGCAGGAGAUUCCUAAGGGAGACUGGAGAUGCCCGAAAUGCAUCGUCGAGGAAAACUCGAAGCCCGUUGAGGCUUUUGGGUUUGAGCAAGCUCAACGAGAGUACACUUUGCAGCAGUUUGGCGAAAUGGCAGAUCAAUUCAAAUCCAACUACUUCAACAUGCCCGUACAUUUGGUCCCGACCGAACUUGUCGAGAAGGAGUUUUGGCGUAUUGUUUCGUCGAUUGAUGAAGACGUCACCGUUGAAUAUGGAGCCGAUUUGCAUACGAUGGAUCACGGCAGUGGAUUCCCAACAAAAUCAUCACUUUACUUGCUCCCGGAAGAUCAGGAAUAUGCCGAAUCCAGCUGGAAUCUGAACAAUCUCCCAGUUUUGGACGAGUCCAUCCUUGGGCACAUUAAUGCGGACAUAAGUGGAAUGAAGGUUCCGUGGAUGUAUGUCGGGAUGUGCUUUGCCACAUUUUGCUGGCACAAUGAAGAUCACUGGAGCUACUCCAUCAACUAUUUACACUGGGGCGAACCUAAAACCUGGUACGGUGUUCCUGGAACCCGAGCAGAAAAUUUUGAGGCAGCCAUGAAGUCGGCUGCACCGGAACUGUUUCAAUCACAACCGGACUUGCUGCAUCAAUUGGUGACGAUCAUGAACCCGAACAUCCUGAUGAACGCAAAUGUUCCCGUCUACAGAACCGACCAACAUGCUGGCGAAUUUGUCGUCACAUUCCCGCGAGCGUAUCACGCUGGUUUCAAUCAAGGAUACAACUUUGCCGAGGCCGUGAACUUUGCACCGGCUGACUGGAUGAAGAUGGGCCGCGAAUGUGUCAAUCAUUACUCCAAGCUGCGCAGAUAUUGUGUCUUCUCCCACGAUGAACUCGUGUGCAAGAUGGCUUUGGAACCGGAUCGGUUGAACCUUGGAAUCGCCACCGCUUGCUACAUCGAUAUGGCCGAAAUGGUCGACACGGAGAAAAAGCUGCGGAAGAAUCUUCUAGAGUGGGGUGUAACAAACGCGGAACGCGAAGCAUUCGAACUACUUUCGGACGACGCAAGACAGUGUGAGAUUUGCAAAACUACAUGUUUCUUGUCCGCGGUGACCUGCAAGUGCACCACGAACCUGGCUUGCCUGCGUCAUUUUGCUGAGCUUUGCGAAUGUCCGGCGGAGAACCACACCCUCAAGUAUCGCUACACGCUGGACGAAUUGCCGUUGAUGGUGCAAAAGUUGAAAGUGAAGGCCGAAUCCUUCGAAAAGUGGUUGUUCAAAGUACGCGAUGUACUGGAUCCGGCUAUUCACACGAACAUCACACUCGACGAACUGCAAGACGUUGCCCAAGAAGCCGAGACGCAAAAGUUUCCCAAUAGUGUCAUUUUGGAGCGGUUGAAUUUCUCCAUUCUGGAGGCCCAAAAGUGCAUCACCGUGAUUCAACAAUUGGACAUCAACAAGAUCCGUACUCGAACCCGUAACUCGGCAGAGUGUGCCAAGUACAAGCUCACCCUGGAAGAGCUGGACAUGUUUGUCAAUGAAAUCAACAACCUUCGUUGUAUCAUCCGCGAGGGCGAUAGCGUCCGCGAGCUGCAGAAAAUUGGCAAAGAAUGGGUUAAGCAGGUGGAAAGUGCUCUUAAGACACGUUUCAAGGACACAAACAUUCAGCAGCUAACGCAUUUGAUCGAGGAGGGAAGUUCGCUCUGUAUCGAGUUGCCACAGAUUGCCCAGCUGAAGGAUCGUUACGCGCAAUUUAAGUGGUACACGCAGGUGCGGCUGUUGCGCGAAAACACCAUCGAUCGUCUCUCGCUGGAUGACAUCAAGAAAAUGUUGGACGAAGGAAUGAAAAUACUUCCACACACGGUUCUGGAGAAGGAGUUGGCGGAGCUACAAGGGAUAAUGCUUCAGAUUGUUGAUUGGGAGCAAUCGGCCAGCCAGUGCUUCAAGACGGAGACCCAACAUAAGAUCAGCGAAAUUGAAAACCUUCUGGAGCGUGCACACCUGAUUGAGGAUUUUCUACCAUCCCAUAGUCAACUGAAAGAUGCGCUGCAGAAAUCUAAGGAAUGGCUCCACGCGAUUGAAUCGCUCGAGAGAAAUGAAAACUACAACUUUUUCCACACCCUGCAAAACAUUGCAAAUCGAGCCAAGCUCUUGCCGAUGGAAGAGGAGCGGAAGAAACUGUUUGAAAGUAUGGGCGCCGACAGCGAAGGCAAAUUAUCACUCUCCUCUUUCGGCAGCAUCGAUAUGGCGCUCAAUAGCGGGCUGAAGAGAAAGAAGAUCAACGAUGUCGACGAGGUUAUCAAGAAGAUUAAGGACGACCCGUGCAUCACGGAGCUUGAUGAGCAGAUCUUGAAGGCGCAGAUUCUUUGCUGGAACAACAAAAGCAAGGUCAAUGCGCUGGGCGCUUCGAGCUGGUAUACGAGUGUUGACGAGAAAUUUGGUGAAAGCAAGAUUGUAUAUCACUGCGGAAAGUGCUCUGAAUUGGCCAAGAAGAAGAGAAUCAAACAAUAUCAGGAAGAGAAACGAGAAACCACGGAUGAGCAAGCCAAACCCGAUAUAGAUGUCAAGUCAGACUUGACUUAUACGCAGGACACUGAGAUACAAGAAACUUUUGACGAUUUUGACGAUGAGGAUAAUGACGAUGACGAUCAGUUGACUGAAUUUGACCGCGAAAGUGAUCGGGACAGCGAGAACAGCCGUGACGAAGAAGAAGAAGGUGCAGGAGAUGCUUUCAUAGGGGACAGUGAGGACAGCAGUAUUGACCAGCCAUCAAACAGCUCAUUUUGUGAAAUUGGUUCUUCGGCUGCUGUGACUAGUCAGCAAGGCAAAAGUCAUAAGCCAAAAGCUGGUGGAAACAUGAAAGGUGAUAAUUUUGCUGUUGCUGCAGCCACACCAUCGACAGUAGCAGGCCCACGAGGAGCAGACAAUUAGACAGGAACUAAGUUUAGAUUCUUCGUGCAGUAAUUCACAGUACCUAUCCAAUUCGAUUCUUCGACACAUUUGUGUAUGUGAGCUACUUUCGCCUCCUAGCAUAUGUUAACCAGACAAGCCUGUGAAAUUUUGAUUAUUUUUGAAAACGAUUCGGUUAAUAUUGCUCAUCUAUAGUUUUCUGUAUCAACUUUGCUUCUUAACUGGUCUAGAAAUAAAUGUCUAUAUUAUUACCUAUAAGUUCAAAACAUGUCAAAUGCAGAAGUUAAAUAUAGCAUUCGAGUAAAA